AGCUGUUUUGUACGUUGUACAUUCUGAUCCAAGGAUCAGCUGGAGGCAGCAAUAAACCGAAGGAAAAUCUGCAGCGGAAAAAAUAUAGGAGAGGGAAAAAAAGCUGCAGAUGUUAUGAUCUAAAAACAUCAGUGUAACAUUUUUACACGAAGCCCUUCUUCUAAGAAGAAAGCGAUUUAUUUUUGUAUGUUUUAACUACCUCACUUAAAGACUAAAGCUAUGCUUUAAGAAUUGUUGUUGUUUCUACUGUGUGUGAGAUCUCGUUUACAACUUGAAUAAUAUUUCAAAGGCAGGCCUUUGCUCCAAACCAAGUGAAUCCUUACAUUUGCACUACUGAAGCCUGUCCACUCUUGUUUGUCAAGACCGAGAUCCAGCAAAGGGCUUCAAGUGAAAAAAAGAGACAAAAAAAAUCAGAAUCGCUUAAAAAAGCAACAAGCGAUAUCUGAACAUAAAUAGGAAAUUCAAAAGGCAGCUACAGCUUUUUCUUUGCGGAAAACAAGAAGUCAUCAACACUUGACGAAACAAGCAGUCAUGUUUCAGCGUUUGAGCAACCUGUUGUUUGGGGAGGUAGAAGAGGUAGAAGCUGAGCUGAAGGGACCCAACCCUUGUGUGACGGAGGCCGACGAAGAGGGAUGGAUGCUCGUCAACCUGCCUGAAGAAUCUGACUGCAUGGUGCAAGCGGAGGAUGAGACGGGAGCCCCACUGAUUACACAAUCAUUCCCAGAUAGUAACCUAUCAAAUCAUCAAGUCACACAUACAAGGACUGACUGCCCGGCCCCUAUUCCCCUUCACCCCCACAAGCGCCGCAGGACACAUAAAGGCCGGGCACGAGGUGCGGUAGCACUAUCAGACCCCCUGUCUUGUCCAAGCACUAGCUCGUCAGAUUCAGGUGCCACCACACCUGUGACCCUGCCAAGACGGGGCAGACUAUCCACGCCGUCCUCCACCCCGUCAUUGUCCCCUGGCUCUGGAAGUGAUUGGGGGGUUAGAAGUAGGGCAGGUCCAGAGAGAGGCUGCAUGGAUGAGAGCUGGUUUGUCACCCCUCCCCCCUGUUUCACUGCAGAGGGAGCCACAGCGGAGGCCAGCCCAAUGGAGGACCUGCUCAUUGAGCACCCCAGCAUGUCUGUGUACGUCUCACCAAGCAACUUCUCCAUGGUCUCCAACAGCAACCUGUCUGUGGUGGGAGAGGAAAGCAUUGUCAGUCUGGCGAGCAGCGUGAGCAGAGUGGCAGAACCAGCUGGUUCCCCCGCCAGCCACAGCACCAUGCCCACCAGGGUGAGCCGUGGAGCAGCUGCCCAGGCUGGAGCUCUGGCCAAGGUCACCCAAGUGGCCAGGGUCCAGCGUAACAAAGCCCGCUUCGAGCGACGCCAUCUGGGCCGUAACCGCAUCCAACGCCAAAACCGCACCAGAGAGCAGGUCCCUCGCCACGCAGCCCAUGCCAGAAACACCUUCCUUCACCAACCCAGCAAGCGUAACAUCUGCCACUAAACUCCCCAGCAACCAGGGGGCACUGUUUACUCUGAGGGCAUUAGUAGUACACAGUCAACUCCAAUACACACUAUUAAAUGUAUUCACCCAUUGCAUAUUUGCUUUCAUUUCAGCACAUUUUAUCAUAUUACACUCAGAUACCAGUUGACCAUCUUUUUAAUUUUGGUCUAAUAGUCACAAACUAACUCCACCUGGUAGUUUUGUGCCCCCGUUCUGCUGUUAUGAACCAAGCCCUCUGAGUAGUUCCAUACCUUCAUUAUAGUUGUUGUCUAUUGGAGUAUCCAAACUAAAACUAAAAAUGUCUUCAUAAUAUUGAUACAGGUUAUACUUAGAAACAAUAAUGUCUGAGAAAACAACAAAAACUUUAGCUCUAUUGAUUUUUAGUAAAAUAUUGUUUUCUUACACUCUUCCUUGAGGCAUGUUUUUUUAAAUAAUUCAAUAAUUUAAUCCCUAAAGUACUGCUGUGAAUUUGGAGAUAAUGAUUUGAAAUUUAAGACAUCAAGUGUACUUUAAGAUGUUUCUGGUGGAAACCAUGCAAGACAGAGACAAGUUAAUCCACCAUGUAUUCAAAAGCUUUAGUACACAGGUGGUUGAUUUUUUUCAGAAAAUGUGGAAGGAUAUACCGUUGGUGACGAGAAGGAGAGGAAAAUCAUUAGGUCUGUCAACUUGUAAAGUAAAAGACAAGGCAUGGGGCAACCAGUUUCAUCAUAGGAAACAAACAUUGUGAUAUUUCUGUCUUCUCUUUGCGAAGGAUGAGAGUAAGUAGAAGAUUGCGAGAGAGCAAAACAGACUAAAGAGUAAUGUCAUGAAUUAGAACUAGACAUUAAAAAGAAUGUGGUUAGCGUGAAACAGUCAUAGGAAAGUGUUAUGUAACCCUGUGAGCAGCCUGUGAACAUUUAGAAAAUGACCCUUGUUUUGAAUGUUUCAUCUGUGUUGCUCUGGAUAAAGAAUCCAGAGCAACACAGAUAUUUUUGUGAAUAUGAAGAUUGGUGUUAUGGGCACCCUUAAUAAAUAUAUAAAUGGAAAAAAUGUAUAAGGAGUAUAACUGGAGUUCAAGGGAAAGGCUACAGGGCUUGCCUUUGGGUUACAGGGUAUGGCAGGUUAAAGUAAGUGCAGAGCGGUAUUGAUGGCAACUCUUUAUUUCGUUUUGUGACAUUGUUUUCUGCUUAUUUUGUCUUGUAAAUCAAAUAUCAUUUCACAGUCUCUCUCUGCAUGGUUCAACCAAAGACAGAAAAAAAGCUUGUUUCUCUCAGACAAAGUACACUUUUGGCUUUUAAGGCCAUCAAAUAAAAAAAAUAAAAAAAUAAAAAAAAAGAAGAAAAAAAAGCUCCCUGUGGUUAAAACACCGCAUGAUGAUCAUUAAAUGUGUGAUCCGUAGACUUAAGUAAUGUGCCCAGCACACAUCAGCCAUUUUCAUCCGUAGUGUGUGCUGGGAUCUUACGUUAUCCAUGUGAACACCAAAACGAAAGUACAACCUAUUUACACAUCAGUGCAUUUCAUUGAAAAUUCACUGACCGCCCAGGAGGCAACUGUCAACAGGCCUAAUUGUCUUGCAUAUGGUCGUACCAACCCAUUGCGCUCUAACAUCUACUCCAUUGCUUUCCACUUUCUUGUUAGCACAUCCAGCUCUAACAGUUUCCAUCUAAAGAUCUAGCUUACUGAUAUGUAUUCAACAACAAUAGUAAACAAUGGUGCUGAAGUGCAUACUAAUGUUUGUAAAUUAUUUGAGACAUGGAUGUAAGUUUGCACUGUCAUACAUUUUGUGAGUCAAAGUUUUAGCAGUGUGCUGUGUGCUUGUUUUUCUUUUGUGAUAAUUAUUUUCUUUUUGUUUUGAUUAAAAUUGUGUGUGAGAAGGUGUACUGACACGUUGCUAGAAACUCUUGAAAAAACAAACAAGAAUAAUGGUGAUUCUGUUGUAAAUAUUACAAAACAAUUUAUAAUGCUCCGUUAGAUGUCAAAGCCUCUCAGGACUUGAGUCCACAACGUUGUGUCCGAAGGGACUAAUGAGAAUUAUCUCUAUGCCUCACCUCUGUGCUCAUUAUAAAAUCAAAAGGGCAUUUCAUUGGCCAAAAGCGGUGUGUUUGCCCCUACUUCAGUCUUAUCUCUUUGAGAUGCACCAUAAAAAAGCACUAGACUUAGAGUUGGUAGGCCUAUGCUAUAGGCAAAUACUGCCCUCCAGAGGGUCCACUUAGCACAGAUGUAUGAAUGCAGGUGUGGAUAUGUACAAUGACAUGAUUUUACUACAAAGUGUUAAAAGGACAUAUUGUCUGGGGAUUCAUGUCAGAUUGUUUGGAAAAUGGAAAUGUCUUGUCUUAUUUAGAUCAUCUAGAUGAGUAAAAUACAUUAUUUUCCCAUGAAUGACGUAUACCACAUUGUUUUCCUUUCUGCCAAUAAUCCCAUACAUGACUGUUUUAUCCAUCCAACAUCCGUUAAUGUAUGAUAUAAUAUGAAUUGUAUAUGUUAUUCUGUUUAAAGAUGACUAUUAUGUAUCCUGUUGAUUCCUCCUAAUGGUGCACGAGAUGGAUCUGAGGGGAUGUGUCUAACCUGCACACACAGACACACACAUAGAUAGUGAUCUCUAUUACUAUUCUAAUUGAUUGUGUUUCCAAGUUGUAUUAGUUGUUUGUUGUAAAAUACAUACACAAAGAAAACAGGGUAAUAAUGAGAGAUCGUUUGUGUGCGUGUGUGUGUGUGUGUGUGUGUGUGUGUGUGUGUGUGUGUGUGUGUGUGUGUAUGCCCCUCUACCACUACAAACAUGUCCUGUGUGCUUUAAUUUGAUGUCUUCCUUUCUCACCUGCAUCAUGUAAAAUAGGAAAUGUGUUCUCAGUAUAUUGUGUGUGGUUUUUGGAAGGUGUGGUUUAAGGGUGAAAGUCAACAUUGAGGAGAGGGAGUGGUCACCUGGUGUACUGAUCCUAUGUGGAUUAUGGACAAGUAAAGGGUGAGGCAGGAGAUAGUUUAUAUAUUAAAAACAAUAUUAAAUAGAAUAGAAUAUGCUUGUAUUUUCCCAUAUAAUUAUUAUAACAGUGGUUCACCAAUAGGACAUUCUAAAUGUGAGGCAUUGAAUGUCUGGGGAGUUUCCAGUGGGAGUUCUAUAUGUUUUAUGUUGUGCCCUAAAAGGAUGGCAGCUUAAGAACACUUGGGGUUGCGCCCAUGUUACAUCUAAACUAGUACACCCAUCCCCUCAUAAAAAUGAAUUAUAGAGACACAUAAUAUUUGGUGUAUCUGAUAUCUACAGUAUGGUGAUUGUGCCUUUCACUAUUUUGGCAUGGUUUUUGUGAUGUACUGAUUUUCCCAUCCCCAAAGUGGACGGUAGUCCACUGACAGGCAAGACAUAUGCAAAAAUCAACUGAUGACUUUUUCAGCAUCCAUUCAGAAAUCACAGGUACACACCAAAAAAACAACAACAAUAAAUACUCAGGUUA